AUGACGUGCAUUUGGAGCUGCGCCGGCUGGUGUGCUCCUGGAGGGGACCCAUCGGUGUGCCGACCCUACACCUGUGUGCCCGGUGCCACGUCCUGUCCCGGCAGCGUGUGCCUCGAGGAGUGCAGUGGCAACGCCACGAGUGGGGGGGAGACCGCCGCAGAGCCGUUUCCCUUGUUGCUGGUGUAUAUCCCUGCCUCGGUGGUGGCGGUGCUGCUGCUGUGCUGCGGCAUCCUCUGCUGGCGCCUGGUGCGGAGGAGCUGCCGCGUGCCAGAGCUGUCGCUGCCCACGGUGCAGCUCCGGAGGCAGGUGCCGCCACCCGCGGAUCCGUUGGCCAGGCAGCUGCAGGAAGCCACGGAGCGGGCGUUGCAGGCGCCCAUCGAGGACAAAGACGUCGUGCCGAAGAGUUUCUCCGUGCUCGACCCCACGCGCAAGGAAUUCACACGCGUCGGAAAGCUCUUGGAAGAGUGGGAAGAAGAGGAGCACCGCUUUCUUCACAUCAACAACGAGGAGCAGGCACAGCUCGUGGGCAGAUCCGGCUUUGCAGACGGGAGGUCCUCCUGGUCCCGGCGCAUGCCAUACCCCAAGGAGCCCAAGCAAAAGGCAGUGAGCGAGCACGAGCGCGCUGACGUGCCCCUGGACCAGAGGUUCAUUCCACCUUUGCAGCGGAAGGGCGGCGCUGGAGGUGAGUCCAAGCCCAAAGAGGACCCGUUGGACUUUGACGACCCGUUGGAGGAGGAGAGCGAGGCGUCAAAGCGGCUGCCUCCCCUGGCAGAGAAGGAGUCGAGUGGGCCCACUGAACCGAUGCCUUCACCUUCGAUCGAGAAGCCGCUGCCGACGCUGGAGGCGCAGUCCAGGACGGAGGUGCAGGAGCUGCUGCAGCGCGUCGAGCAGCUGGAGGCGGAGCUGAAAGCCAGGCGCGAGCUCGAGCCGGCCCAGGGCGCCCCAACAAUUGCCGCUGCUGAAGAGGAGCUGCCCGAGAAACCGGAGCAGUCGGAGUCGAGCUUCGUUGAGGCGGUCGAGCUGAAAGAAAAUCGGUGA